AUGCGUCUCAAUGAAGAUGAUAAAGAGUUCUCCAACUAUGUCCAAAGGGUUGGUGAUGGGAACCCCCUACCUAAUGAGGUAAAUGAAUCAGAUGAAGAUGAAGACGAUCAACUCAUUUCUAUUGACCGAAUGUUGGUUGAGGAGAUCAGCUCAGAUCCUCACAAACAAAUACUAGAAACUACUUAUAGGCGAACUGACCAGUGGAAAGGAACCAAGCAAAACUAUACAGAAAGGGCUAUCCUAACACCAAGGAACGAAACGGUGGAUGAGAUUAAUGAAUACAUGAUAUCUCAAGUUGACGGUGUGUCAAAGGAAUAUCUCAGUUCCGAUAGCUUCGGUAUAAUAGACACCGACUCUGAAAACAACGAGACAUUGUACCCAGUGGAAUAUUUAAAUUCAUUAAGCUUUCCAGGCCUGCCUGCACAUAAGCUUACAUUGAAAGUGGGUGCCCCUUUCAUGCUUCUAAGGAAUUUAAAUCAAAAGAAGGGGUUAUGCAAUGGAACACGUUUGAUUGUCACUUACCUAGGUGAGCGUGUUAUUAGAGGUGAAAUAGUUACAGGCUCUCAUAUUAGACAUAAAGUGGACCUUCCAAGAAUCAUACUAUCGGAAUCAGUAACUAAACAUCCGUUCACCCUUGAAAGGCGGCAAUUUCCAAUCAGGCUAUGUUACACAAUGACAAUUAACAAAAGUCAGGGUCAGAGUUUGAAAGGUGUCCUAUUGUAUUUGCCACAACCCGUUUUCACCCAUGGACAGCUCUAUGUUGGUCUUUCCCGGCCCCAACGCUACCCCCAGUUGAUCAGCUUAGCAAGUGCAACCAACUUCCUCCCAGAUGUUGUUGGACGAAUAUGCCUCAUCCAAGGAAGUGAUCUAUAUAACAAGAACACAGAUACAAAAAUCAUCAUUGGAUUGCGUUUACACAGGAAAGGGAUCAUUCACAACCACAUCUGGAUCACGCUUCUACUUUGA